AUGACCCUUUGCGAGGGCGACGUGGCCCACGGGCGAGCGGAUGAAGGACAACAUCUCCACACGCAUCUUGAGGAUCAGGACGACGAGAGGGUCUGCUGGAUCUGCCUCGGCGGCGACGACGAGUCAGGCCACCUCGUGCAGCCCUGCGCCUGCCCCAGAUACACGCACGCCUCCUGCCUCGCGCGGUGGCAGCUCGUCAGCGCCGGCAAGAACGAGGAGUCGCGCUGCCGGUUCUGCGACAAGGUCCUGCCAGACUGGCGCCCGGCGCUCACGCCCACUGCGCUGCAGCCCAAGCCCUCCGUCAUGUCUGUCCGCUACAGGGGCGUGACGCACCGCAUCCAGUACACCCCUGGCCCCGACGGCCUGGAGUCCUUUCUCAACACCCUGCAGUCGAUCGGGAUCAAGGUCGCCUCCGCGUCCCAGGUGACCUUCCUCUGCCGCUCCCCAGACACCGGCGAGGAGAUGGCCCUGCGCGGCCUCAAGGCCUUUGACGCCGCCGCAUACUGCGCCUCCAUCACCGCUGCCAAGCGCAUCCAGCGCAACCUGAGCCGGCGCCGCAGCAGCGGCGCGGCGUCGGACGCGGCCGGGGACAUGGGCGUGCACGCGGCGCACCCGGAGUCGCCGACCGCGGCGGGGGCGGCGCGGCGCUGCGAGGAGGGCGGCGCGGUAAGGGCAGAGGCGAGCGGCGGCGGCGGCGCUAGCGGCGGCAGCAGCGACGCCGAGGAGGGGCCUCCGCGCAGCACCGCAGCGGCCGUGUCGGCGGACGGCGGCAUGGUCGCAGCUUCUGAGCAGCUGCCGCUGCGCCAGCGCGUGGUGGCGCAUGUGCAUGCGGAGGCGCUGCAGGAGGGUGCGGGCGCGCAGGCAAGCGCCGUGCCGGCGCCUCGGAGCGCGGCGGCAGCAGAGGAGAGCAGCGCGGCGCUGCCAUCAGACCGGCGGCGCAGCAGCGCCGCCAGCAGCAGCAGCGGCCGUUCGCGCCGCAGCCGCCGCGGCACUCACAGCCAGCUCUGGAACGUGGCGGCAUCCCUGGUGGCUAUGGUGGUUGGCGGGCGACGGCAGCAGUAG